GGGUUGUGGUGGUGGUGAUGGUGGGGGAAGGUCUCGGGUAUAAAGGUAUGGAAAUGCAAGGCAAACUACCAUUCUCUGAAGAGAGGGGAGGGCGGGAGACAUACGCACACAGGGCAGGAAAGAGAGAGAGAGUGAGAGAAAGAGAGUGAGAGAGAGAAAGGAGGAGGAGUAGGAAAAAAGUUGCAAUUUGAACACAAUUGGAGUGACUGUUCGUGGACCUUCAUUGCAAACAUGGGGCUGGGAAGAGGGAAAGAUGAAUACCAGCUGGCGGCCACAUCCGAGAAGCCGAAGGGCAAAAAGGCCAAAAAGGCUAAGGAGAAGAAAGACAUGGAUGACCUCAAGAAAGAAGUGGAUUUGGAUGACCACAAGUUAACCCUCGACGAACUGCACAGAAAGUAUGGAACUGAUCUAACCAGGGGUCUGUCCUCAUCCCGGGCCAAGGAGAUCCUCGCCAGGGACGGCCCCAACGCGCUCACCCCUCCCCCCACAACCCCUGAAUGGGUCAAGUUCUGCAAACAGCUUUUUGGUGGUUUCUCCAUGCUGCUGUGGAUCGGUGCCAUUCUGUGUUUCCUCGCUUACGGUAUUCAAGCUGCAUCUGAAGACGAGCCCGCCAAUGACAACUUGUACUUGGGUGUUGUGCUUUCUGCUGUGGUCAUCAUCACUGGCUGCUUCUCCUACUACCAAGAGGCCAAGAGCUCCAAGAUCAUGGACUCCUUCAAGAACCUGGUGCCACAGCAAGCCCUGGUGGUCCGUGACGGCGAGAAGAAGAACAUCAACGCAGAGGAGGUGGUGGUUGGAGACCUGGUGGAGGUGAAAGGAGGAGACAGGAUCCCAGCUGAUCUCAGGAUCGUCUCUGCUCACGGCUGCAAGGUGGAUAACUCUUCCCUCACUGGUGAAUCCGAGCCCCAGACCCGUACUCCAGACUUCUCCAACGAAAACCCUCUGGAGACGAGGAACAUCGCGUUCUUCUCUACUAACUGUGUUGAAGGUACUGCCAGAGGAGUGGUCAUUAACACUGGAGACCGCACAGUCAUGGGUCGCAUUGCUACUCUGGCCUCUAGUCUGGAGGGAGGAAAGACGCCCAUCGCCAAAGAGAUCGAGCAUUUCAUCCACAUCAUCACCGGAGUGGCCGUGUUCCUGGGAGUGUCCUUCUUCAUCCUGUCCCUCAUCCUCGGAUACGGCUGGUUGGAAGCUGUCAUCUUCCUCAUCGGUAUCAUCGUCGCCAAUGUGCCUGAAGGACUGCUGGCUACUGUCACUGUGUGUCUGACUCUGACGGCCAAGCGCAUGGCCAAGAAGAACUGCCUGGUGAAGAACCUGGAGGCUGUGGAGACCCUCGGCUCCACCUCCACCAUCUGCUCCGACAAGACGGGCACCCUGACCCAGAACAGGAUGACCGUGGCCCACAUGUGGUUCGACAACCAGAUCCACGAGGCCGACACCACCGAGAACCAGAGCGGCACCUCCUUCGACCGCAGCUCCGCCACGUGGGGAGCUCUGUCCAGGGUCGCCGGCCUCUGCAACCGCGCCGUGUUCCUGGCUGACCAAAGCAAUGUCCCCAUCCUUAAGAGAGAUGUUGCUGGUGAUGCUUCAGAAGCUGCUCUCCUCAAAUGUAUUGAACUGUGCUGUGGAUCUGUUGCUGGCAUGAGAGAUAAAUACCCCAAAGUCGCUGAAAUUCCCUUCAACUCCACCAACAAAUACCAGCUCUCCAUCCACAAGAACUCCACGGCCGGAGAGACCAAGCACCUGCUGGUCAUGAAGGGAGCCCCAGAGAGGAUCCUGGACCGCUGCUCCACCAUCCUGCUCCAGGGCAAAGAACAGCAACUGGACGACGAGAUGAAAGACGCCUUCCAGAACGCCUACGUAGAGCUGGGAGGUCUCGGAGAAAGAGUUUUGGGUUUCUGCCACUUCAGCCUGCCCGACGACCAGUUCCCAGAGGGCUUUGCUUUCGAUACCGAGGACGUGAACUUCCCCACGGAGAACCUGUGCUUCGUUGGACUUAUGGCUAUGAUCGACCCUCCUCGUGCCGCUGUGCCUGACGCUGUGGGCAAAUGCAGGAGUGCCGGAAUCAAGGUCAUCAUGGUGACAGGUGAUCACCCCAUCACAGCUAAGGCCAUUGCCAAAGGUGUGGGCAUCAUCUCUGAAGGCAACGAGACUGUGGAGGACAUCGCCGCUCGCCUCAAUGUUCCUGUUUCUGAAGUCAACCCAAGGGAUGCCAAGGCCUGCGUGGUGCACGGGGGUGAGCUCAAAGACAUGACCACAGACCAGCUUGAUGACAUUCUUAAACACCACACGGAGAUUGUGUUUGCCAGGACCUCACCACAGCAGAAGCUCAUCAUCGUGGAAGGAUGCCAGAGACAGGGAGCCAUCGUGGCAGUGACAGGUGACGGUGUGAACGACUCUCCCGCCCUGAAGAAGGCCGACAUCGGUGUUGCCAUGGGUAUCGCCGGCUCAGACGUGUCCAAACAGGCCGCAGACAUGAUCCUGCUGGACGACAACUUUGCCUCCAUCGUUACCGGAGUGGAAGAAGGCCGUCUGAUCUUUGACAACCUCAAGAAGUCCAUCGCCUACACUCUGACCAGCAACAUCCCCGAAAUCUCUCCUUUCCUCCUCUUCAUCAUCGCCAACAUCCCUCUGCCACUCGGAACUGUCACCAUCCUCUGUAUCGACCUGGGAACUGACAUGGUCCCCGCUAUCUCCCUGGCUUACGAAGCAGCUGAGAGCGACAUCAUGAAGAGACAGCCCAGAAAUCCAAAAACAGAUAAACUCGUGAACGAAAGACUUAUCAGUAUAGCAUAUGGACAAAUUGGUAUGAUGCAGGCCACAGCUGGGUUCUUCACAUACUUCGUAAUCCUGGCAGAAAAUGGCUUCCUGCCCAUGGACCUGCUGGGCAUCCGAGUUUUCUGGGACGACAAAUACGUCAACGACCUGGAGGACAGCUACGGGCAGCAGUGGACAUAUGAGCGCAGAAAGAUCGUAGAGUUCACCUGCCACACGGCCUUCUUCACCAGCAUCGUCAUCGUGCAGUGGGCCGAUCUCAUCAUUUGUAAAACCAGGAGGAACUCCAUUCUCCAACAGGGAAUGAAGAACCGAAUCCUGAUCUUUGGGCUGUUUGAGGAGACCGCUCUGGCAGCCUUCCUCUCAUACUGUCCUGGUAUGGACGUGGCCCUCAGAAUGUACCCUCUCAAACCAAGCUGGUGGUUCUGUGCCUUCCCAUACUCCCUUCUCAUCUUCUUAUAUGAUGAAGCCAGAAGAUAUAUCCUCCGACGCAACCCUGGAGGCUGGGUGGAGCAGGAGACGUACUACUGAGCACAGACCGGGAGAAGUCAUUCAUUCUUUCCUACACUCGCUGCCAUGUUACAUCUGUGUUUAAAGUUUUUAGUCCAACCAAAACGAAAGAAAAAGCCAAACAUGGGUAACUUAUACAUUUCUAUGUGACGAUCACAAUAAAACUUGUCUAAAACUGUUGUACUAAAGCCUGGUUUGGUAGUUUGUUCAUUCAAGUGUUAUAGCGUCCUAUUUCACGCAGAGCUAGUUACGCGUUCACUGUUGGGUUUAGCAGAGUAUUAAACAAACUAAAGAAACAUUGGCAUUUUAAUUUACUUUAAUUAUGUUUUACAUUUUUAGAUUUUAUACCCAAUGGACCACUCCAACCUGACAAUACAACCGUACACUUCAAUCAUUGCUACAUGUAAAAAUCAUGGUCCCUGAUAUAUUUCUUCCCAAAUUUUAGUCAAUUUCGAAAUAGUUGGGCUACUAAUAAUAUUCCUAAAACUUGGAGUAAAAACUUCUAACUAAGCAAAACUGUAAAUGGUAUUUUGUAAUAAGGUCACAAAACACUUGUGGGAAGAGUAGUGGGAAGUGUAGCCAAAAAUUUUGUCAAGUUAGUGUGCUCUUGCUUUCAAUAAAUGUGCUCAAGUAAAUACAGAGAGGGGUAUUACGCAAAUUAGACUUUUUGAGCAUUUUACAGUGUUAUAAUGUUAUUUCCUCACCAAAAACAUUCUUGAAGACGUUUUCGAUGUCAUCCAUGCAUGUUUGAGUAAUUUUGCAAUCUCUCCUGGGCUCUAUUCGAUUUAUCGUUACGGUUAGCUGUAUGAUCAUGUACAACGCUCCGCCCACAAGCCUACGUCACCCAUGCCUCCACACAACAAUCCUCCAUAAAUACAUAUAAGCAUGAUACAAAACAAUACACAACAACUUCACAAACCUGAUGUGAUGUGCAGUCGUUUCAUUAGCGGGAUGCGCGCUGAUUGUGCUGUGAUAGCGCUCUGAAGGGGGAGUGACUUAGCACAAAUAUGUUAUGUGUUAAAACUUAAUACCCCAUAGUAGCGCAAUACCCUCUCUUUAAACUACUCUUAGUUAGAUCGCGCUGCACCGUGGAGAUACACAAGUUUAAUGCCAAACCGUGGAACAUCCCAGGCAAAGGAUUAGCUUCUCCGUGGAGACAAGAAGGUGGCGGAACCUACAGCAGAAAACACGCAAUUAAAACUUAACUUGAACAUUAAUUACGACCUGGAUACCUAUCAGAGGGUUACAAAUGAAAUGGUUGAACAAGAUCAUUAAAAUAUACAACUGGGGCACGACAAAAUAUAAAAAAUACAUUAGCUUACAUUAGCAUCUGUCUGAGUAAAGCUAAUGCGCGAGGUAGCACCAUAAUCUGAAGCAGUUUGGUCCAUUUUAUUGACCAAACAGUGACAAUGAACUGGUACCUCUGUAGUGUGGUUAUCUCUAUUGUGUUUGCUCAGGUCAUUAUAGACUCCAGCUCCUGCCCUCCAGUGAGCGCGAGCAGCCGACCAGAAAAUACAUGGACCGCUUCAGCAAAUAGGAAUCUAACUAAGUUCCCUGCCAGAGGUGGUAGAAAAGCGUAAACUUGUGCUCAGGUAGGCUAACGGUAGCUUAUCCGUACUCCUCAUUUGGUGGAACUGCCUCUUAAAGCUGUUAAAGCAAGGGUCAAACUCAAAUUUACAGUGGGCCAAUAUUAAAACUAAGACAAAUUCAUGGGCACCUGACUUUAGUUUUGCUUCAAUAAAAAUCUGGAACAACUCAAGCUUGAUAUUACAAACAUAUUAGAAAUUACAUUUGAAAUAAAAAACACAUCAGUAGUAUUCAUGUCUCUUCCUGUAGCAAUUAAUUUAGCUGAGGUGACCAACAGCUUGGUCGCUAAUGAGUGUCAACAAAAAAGGAGGAGCACUUGCCAGUCUCAACCCCAGCGUACUAGUAAAGCAUUCUGGGAUUUGUAGUAUUAGUGGUGCAUGUGCUAUAUACCGGCGGGUCAGCUCUAACGCACCUUCGAUAUGAGUUCACGGGGCCAAAUAUAUUUACAAAGUGGGCCAGAUUUGGUCCCUGGGCCCGAGUUUGACGUGUGAGUUAAAGUAUGUCAUUUUUAAGCAAAACGUGUGGAAUCGUGCUCCAGAUAGUUGGAAAAGUAACUGUCUGGAUGUAAGUUAGUGUGAAACCAUUGAAAAUAAUACAACACCUUUAAAGCAGACACAUUGCGUUUGUGUCUGCUCAUAGUUAUAAUCUCUGACACUGGUGGAUCUUCAUGUUAUAAUUUUGACAUUUUAAAUCACAAUAUUCAUCUAAAACAACUUAAUAAAAGAAACAAACUGCUGACUUCUGAGUUAGAAAGCUGUGGUGCUCAAUGGGAGUUGACAUUGCCGCAAACGCCAUCAAAACAAAGCGGCACAUGCUGUCGGCGCCCCCUGUCGCGGGGCCUCCUAGUUACACUUCACACAGAUUUCUUUUUUUUUUAUUUAUUCCAAAAUUACUACAUGACACAAGUUCUAGUCCAGACUUUUACGUGGACCUUCAGGACCUUUUUUAUUUCAUUUUUUGUGAUGCAGAAGACAGGUAUUAACAGAUGCACAGAAGACAAGACAAGACACAUACAAAAAAAGGGCAAAAACAACAAAACUAACGAACGAGGUUGACAUCUGGUUUGGGACUUGGUGAUGAAUUCUACUGAAAUUUGGGAGAAAUAUACACUACCAAUCAGACGUUUGGACACAACUUCUCAUUUCAUUUUUUUUAAUUUUUACUACUUUCUUCAUUUUAGAUAAAUACAAAAGACAUCCACUAUAUGUAGCAAGAUAUAUAGAAUUAUGUAGUAAAGUAGUUUGUAUUUUCUGACAAAGAAAAAGGUGGUUACUUUGAGGAUUUGAAAGUAUUAGUAUGUUUUUCCUCUGCUGUAUGAUUCCAUAUAUCUUGGUGUAUAUAUUAGAUGUCUUCUGUAUGUUUCUAUAAUGUAGAAAGUAGUAAAAAUGU